AUGUCGGUCUUACCAUCAGUAAUAGUCAAUGCAACUUCUAAGCAUACGGCUUCGGUGAGUCUUGCUACAAUACAAGUUUGCAUGUUCUUUUUCUCAAUAUUAGUGACUUUAAUAAAUUUACUUCUAACUUUUUUCUCGUAAUACUUCAUUUUUUUUAUCUCCUGCAAGGCUCUUAUUUUGGGGUUGUUCAUCUCUGAAUUUUAACCUUCGUAGAGGAUUUACUUCCGUAGUUUCAGUUUGUUGGUUUACAUUUGACAAAUGGCGUUUAUGAUUUUGAGGGAGGCUGAUAGUCUUUGGUAGAAUUAUAUAGGUGAUUUCUCAUUGAUGCACCGUAUCAUCGCAUAACCUCAUACCCUGUAAACUUAACGUUGAGUACUUCAUGUGAAAGUUAACUUAUUCUCACACCUUGGUAAGAAAUAGUGCGAUUAGUGUAUUUUUGGAUUCGUGAACAAUAUCCCAUUGUCUAUAUAUUAUCAGAAUAUUAUCCAUGGUAUAAGAUUAAAACUUUGAUUUCUUUGACGACUGAAUCUCAUAUGAGGAAGUCCACAUUUUUUGCAAACUCAAACUUGUAAUGACAUAAAAAUUUCUUGUUUUGACAGUUGGGUGUACCACUCUUGUUAGAAGUUGAAUGUAGCUGACAGUUUAAAGUCAUUUUUCUUUUUUAGCGUCUAGGUUAUUAUUAAAUAUUCAUUGUUAUGAUAAUUAGUGUACAAAUAGACAUUAAGUUUAUAUAUUCAAUAUUUAAAACAGCUGACAUUAGGAAAUUAUUCUGGUUAACAUGAUUACAACCCAGUUUGAUUGCUAAGUUAACGCGUUGUAUUAUAUAUCUGAAACAAAAAAAAUUAAAAUAAAACUACAAUAAUAAUUUAACCUAAAUUUUAUUUUAAAGUACAUCAUAAUGAUAUAGUUUCUAUCUACAUGACUGCAUAAUUUUAACUUACCAAAUAUGUAAGGAAUAUUUUUUGUACAUGUAUGAGUUCUUUCUUUCCAAAUACUACCAAUAAGUAAAUAAAUAAGAUAAAAAGAGUGUUCUGGGUAAAGUAAAUGGGUCCGCUGUAGGUGAAGUAUGUGCAAUUUCUUUGAAAUCUACAAAGAGUGGUGAUUACAGUUUAUCAAUUUAGUAUUUACGGUAGUUGCAGGAAAAUGAAAGUCGACCUUCUGGUGACUUAAGUUUGAGUUUCUUAGACAUGGCUAUUUCUCUUGACCACUAACCCAUUUUGAGUUAACAACUCGUUGCUCAAAAAUUUGCAGUUUAUAUGGGAUUUGAAUCCUUAGCAUCAGUGGCAGGUACAUGUAAUACACUCUAGACAAUUGAGCUAAUAAGCCAUUUGGGAGCAGGUCAUUAGUCUAUUUUAAUUGGAUAUAAUUAGCCUGUUUGAAUGUCUUAUAAGCCCUGAACUUUUCUUGGCCUUGUUUCCACAACCUCCAAAGUUGUGUCUUUACAUUAAUUCCUCAUCCCACAAUUCUGGUAUAUUUUGAUUUUCAUAUACUCGUUGUUAAUAUCUUCAUCAUUUUACAGGUUUGUAAUGCACCAACUAAAUGGCUAGCUCCCAGUUGGCUUGUUAGGUCAAUUGGUUAGAGUGGUGCACUGGUUUUACAAAGGUCAAGGGUUUGAAUACCAUACAUGUACAAGCCUGCGUUCUUUCUGACUUUCUUUUAACAAGUGUAUUACUCUCUCCCAGAGAAUUGAGUGUGCAGUUUUUGUGUGGGGUAUCCAUUGUCACUUUUGACAAAUCUGUAGCCUUCCCAUCAUGCUUUGUGUUGUUUUUGGUUGUGUUUUUGCUUGUAAACUGGUAAGAAGGCCUUCCAAAUGUUGAUUGGCGAACACCAAACUCAAGUGGCGUUUUAUACUUUGAUGCUUUCUUACUGCCAAAAUCUAAAAGCUUCAAGCACAUUGAACAAAACAAGUUGGUAUAGCUACAAACACUUUGUCAAAUUACAUGUCCUAAGGGCUGAUGUUUCAUUGGUCAAAAGUGACAUGUAUAACUACAUACCAGUGCUUCUCCUAGGUCGCAGAAAAAACUCAAAUUUCGCGGGAUUUUUAGAGUCAAAUUCAGGGAAAAAACAUCCUUUUUUGCGGGAAUUUUGGGGGAAAAUUUUGCUGACAAAAUGUUUGGUUUUCCACAGAUUUGACAAACAUUUUUAAUGAAAAUAGACCGCAAUUUGAAUUUUGUGGCUCUGCGACGACGUGAAAUAAUCUCAGAAGCCCUGACAUUCAGGCAAAACAGUUAGUGUUGUUGCUUAAUAACAGGUUGUAUUAAUAGUGUUGCAUAACAAUCUCCAAUAGCAACUUAUAGCAAGCAGUUCUUUAGGGCCUUGGAGAAACUCUGGGAAUUAAUAUACUAUAAUAAAUAAAAGAGUACAUAAUGUAGUCAACAUAAAGUACAAGGUUUACUGAAGGCUUGACCACAUGGUAGGACUAUGUAGGACAGUAUUUUUUUUAAAAAAAAAAUGCAAAUUAAUUUAGGGCUCAUAAAAAUAAAGAAAAGCUGAUUAUGUCAUAUUGUGUUGUUUUAGUUGAUUUUCCUUCAUGGUCUUGGAGAUACUGGGUAAGUAAGUAAUGUAUUUAUCAUGGGUUAUGUAACCUUUUCUUUGGGGUGUUACAUGGUAUGCUGUUCUGUUGCUUCAUUAGCUGUAGGCUAUAUAUUUGAGUUGUUCUCAUUUAUAUUCAUUCGCGUCUUACGACCGUCCCUACGCCCUCAAAAUUAAAUACCCAGUGACCAGGGGUUUCUCUUAGACGUAGUGUUUUGCAUGCUGCUAUAUGAAAAGUUUAGCACGUUUUGUAUGAAUCAUUGUUAUACGAGCAUAGUUUAGAUCAUUUUGUUGGGUUGUUUUUUCUUGCUGUAAUUUUUUACAUUUCCGAGUUUUCAUUCUGUUUGUUGUAUUAUUUCCAUCCAUUCUGUUGAUGAAGGCAUAAUAAAGAGGGUCGCACACGGCUCGUGUUGACACACCCCAAUUGAGGUUGCUUGUUACAUGAUAAAUGUUUUAUAUUCGUUUGAGCGGGGUAGCGAAUUAGAAUAUAAAUGUUUUUAUAGUAAAGACAUAAUUAUCUACUCUUCCAGAGAUGUUACAUUAAAGCAAAUUAAUGUGACCUGCGGUAUAACUUAAUAUUCAUUUUUAAUUGCCUGAAACAGGAUGUUGAGUCCCACUCCAAAGCAGUGAAUAGCCAAUUGUAUUCUGUGUUUCAGGAGCCAAUGAAAAUGCAUGAAAAAUUGCUAUCCAUUUGAUUUGGUAAAAUACCACUUCAAUAAUAAAUAUUAUGAAAUAUUAUGUACACUGUAACCACUUCAUAGCCAAAGGAUACAUUUCUACAUGUUAUUGGGAAUUGAUUAUUCUGUUAAACUUUGUUUUCUUUGUUAGACAUGGUUGGAGUCAAGGAUUCAGUGGUUUAGGAAUUAAUCAUUUAAAAUCUAUUUGCCCAAAUGCGUAAGUACCUCAUAAUAUUAUAUUAUUAUGUUAGUUUCAGUAGAACCAUGUACAGUACUUCUUGUAUUCCUGAGUUUAAUGUAAUAAAUUUUCUAGUGAAUUUACUUGUAAUUUGCAAGUGAAGCCAUUGUUUUAGAGUCUUAAAACAAUAGCUACACUUGUACAAUACACUAUCUUGUAGGUGUUUUAUUAAAUUGACCCCACUGCUACAGUUUUCUAAAGGCACAAAUAAUUCCCCUGGGGAGGGGGAUGGAUAGACUGUCAAAUUCACUGGGCUAUGAUUUGGUACCUGAAACAUUGCAUGUGAAAGUUUUUUUACUUCACAUUUGUUAAUUGAGCAAGUUGAUACAUGUAAGCAGUGUCCAUACCAUGGGUGACUGUCAUUUCUACUGAAAUGAUAACUCCUACAAUGUACAUAUUCUUCAUGAUGAACUAUUACAUUCCCACUUGAGUGGUGAAGAAUGGUCUAUCCAAAAAUGGCUAGUCUCACAAAAUAUAACACAAGUCUCACAUUCUCUUGUUCAUUUGGGAAGAGACUCUUGGAAUCUUAGGUCUACCACUACUUGUAUGAGGUGUUGUUUUUUUCUCUUGACAGUUUUCAGUUCACACAUCUGAGCUUUAGUUAAGUCUUGGUCUUGAAUUUAAAAUGAUGAAGGGAAAUUGUUUUGUCGCAGAUAUUUUUCUUGCCAAUUCUCAUAUUAUUUUACCAUAAUAAUACCCCUUUAAGGUGAUUCACUGGUUUUGCACUGCGCAUCUCUUUCUGCGCAUGGCUGCUGUGAAAAAGAGCAUCUAAAGCAACAUUAUUAAAAUGAAGUUAACUAAAGAGAAACGCCAUAAGAAUUUUUGCUAGCGGUCGUUUCUUGCCAAAAUGAGACUCUAUGUGUUGGGAAUGUGCAUAACGUAAGCAGUACGCGUGUUGUUUAGUUCGACUUCCUCACAGAGAACCUCGAUAAUAGAAGUUAAACUCCUACUAACUCACUUUGAUUUUCUUUUAAGUGCCAUCUUUAUCACUUUGCGUCCUAACUGUGAUAUCUCGAUGUAAAUUCUGUAAAAAUGGAUUUUUUAAUGCUUUCUUUCCCCUUCCACACACAUGCCAUUUUGAUACUCGCCCCAGUCCUCUCUCAAAAAUCGGAGAAAAUGCAUGUGGUGCACACUUUCUGCAGCUCUGCUGCAAUAAGGAGUACGGUGACCCCCAUAUUUUAUUUCAUGAAUUUAAUAAGAACAGUGCUUCCUUUCAAUGAGAAAAAGUAUAGGCAUGAAUCUAUGUUAAGUUUUUUGACAAUUGUACUAAAUUGUGUGGAUUGAGCUAGAAUGGGUCCAGAAGCAUGUCAAAAUUAAGUCUACUUUGGAGCGUAAAGUAAAAACAGGGGCCAAAAAAGGCAUUUUUCUGGUAUGUAAGUGGAUAAACAAUACAUUUAAUUCAAAUUCCGUGCAAUACCACGUGCAUCAUCUAAAAAAUCUCUCCUUUUUGUCUAGUUUUGGGCUGGGUGGGGUUUUUGCCAAAGGGUUCUAAAUAGACGUAUUUGUCAGCAUUGUGACAUCAAAAUGAGCACGGCGACCCCCACUUUUUAUUACUUUUUUAUCAUCUUCUUGACUUGUUACAUCAGUGCACCAAGUUUCAUCUACAUUCUAUGUUAGGGCCUUUUACUAAGGAAUCACCUUAAUGCACUCUUGAACAUUUUGUAGAUCAGUUAUUCCAGUGACAUUAAAUGCAGGAUUUAAGAUGCCAGCCUGGUAAGUGAAAUGUUACAACAGGAAUUUUAAUGAAUUAUUUGUGAACAUUCAUGCCAUGCUUGAGGCUGAGUUUUAGAGCUCACACCAGAGCCAUAUCCCAUGGUGAUUAAUCCAUACUGUUGUCAAGUACAAGUAUGGUAAUAAUUAUCAGUUCACACAUUCUGUUGCACAAUAAGUGUUUACAUCCAACCAAACUAAGGGUCACAGUUGUAGACUUAUUGCUGUCUUAAUUGUUGCUAUUCAGUGAUGUAUUGAAUGAUAGUAUUAUUAUCUGAAGGGCUCCAGGCCAGGGCGUGUUUGUGUUACAGCUGUAGUUUCCUAAUUUUUUAAUGCAUGCUAAAUUUAGGUACAAAGAUUUUUACUUGUCACUUGUUUUUGCAUUAAGGAAGCGUUGUAGAUACUGUUAACAUUUUCUCAACGAUUUCCACUAUUCUAUGUGUUGGCAGAAAUCACAUAUGCAAAAAUGUCUACUUUUCUGGUUGUUUCUCCUGUGAUAUGUCACGGACUUGCAUAUCAAAACAAUGUGUUUAACCAAACACUGAAACAUUUUAACUAUUAUUUGGCAGUAGUGAGUUGAUGCAACAUGACAGCAAAAAGAGGAGGACAGCAAAUGCUUGUGUGCGACAAACUUGACAUGGCUCUCACUGUACUUGCAUGUUUUGUUGUGAUCUUAACUGAACACUACUGUGUUUUGGCCUCUUUCAAAAAGAUCUAUCAAAAGAAAGGAGAAGUUCGGCGGAAAGUUUUUUCAAACAGUCAUAAUUAUUCUCGUGCUUGUCAAACACAAUUUGCUCUCUUCUUUCCUCCCCCAUCCUGUUGUGUAAGUUCACUAAUAUCUGUGGCUAGCAUGCAGCUCAGUGCUUGACAGUGGCAUCAAAAUUGCUUUAUUUAACUUCUCAACUGAAUUGUAGUAUGUGUAGGCCCUUUUUCUAACAAUUGAAAUAAUUUUGCAUCAUUUUUGUGUGUUUUACAUGUAUACAGCUAUUUCGAGAAAGAUUAUCGGAAAAAAUGUGGACGCGACAAUCCCGAAAGGUAAUGUGGGAUAUGAUGACUGUAGCUGUCGAACCUACUUUUGUUUCUUUCCUUAAACACUCGCAAACAUAUUUUCAUGGCCUUUUGUGCCAAUUCUUUCAAAUUUCUCUGAAGAACAGUGAACUCAAAACCACCCACAAUGCCUUUCAGGAUUGUCACAUGCACUUUUUCCGACAACCUUUCUCGAAAAAGCUGUAUCCUAUUAAAUCAUAUUUUAAGAAUUAACAACUAGGAGCUAUGGUCUUGAGUGUUUUGGUGUUCUUUGGUGGCAUGUCAGCUGUCUGUAGCGCUGUCCCAUGACCAUGUUAGCGUUUGUAGCAUUUACCAUUGUUCGUGAGCAUGGGGGUAGAUUCCUGUCCAGCUCAGUAUGUCGCUUCUACACAUGUGCAGGCCAUGGCAGGUGCCUACAUUGUGUUUGCGUUUUACUCAAAGCUUUGUUGGCGUGGCAUUCUUUUCUAGUAGCACAGCAUUUCUCGUGUUUCUGUCCAAAUUUUGGUUGGCAUGGUGUAUUUUCGUGGCAGUGGAGCAGGAGCUGCAAGUAAUCCUUGAUGGUAAGCUCGUGGUUUCUUCAUCAAAAUGCAGGCAAGUGGUAACAGAAGACAUUUUGACUUGGACUGAAGCCUUCACUAUUUUUCAGAUGAUGUUGUGUGCAGUUCACCCUCAUUGUUGGCCCGAUCUGACCAUGUAUUAGCUGCUUAUCAUUCAAAUGGCAGGUCAGUUCUCCAGUUCAAAUGGUGUCUCAUCCUCGACCUCUCAUCUCCCGCCAGGCACAGCAUGAACAAUGGCAUCCCCAAGCCUACCUUCACAGUGCAGUUUGCAUCAGUCGAUGCAGUUAUUGAGGGCAUCAUGGCCCAGGGUCACGGAAUGCUAAUAGCUAAGUUUGAUGUGGCAUACAGGAAUGUGGUUAUCCAUCCAGACAAUCACCCCUUACUUGGGAUGCAGUGGCAUGGUUGAUAUGGUUCUCCCUUUUGGGCUGCGUUCUGCACCUUUUAUUUUCACAUCCAUUGCAGACCUGGUUGAAUGGAUCCUGGUUCAUAAUCAUGGCAUGGACUUCCUACGCUACUACCUAGAUUACUUUUUUACCCUUGUCCCACCUUUGUCCCAGAUCUGCCACUCCUAUUUACUUACCUAUGUUCACCUUUGCCAAAGGCUAGGCCUCCCCCUUUAUCCUGACAAGUUAGAGGGACCUGCUACUUGCUUCACUAUCCUCGGGAUUGAACUUGACUCCCACAGGCUUCAGGCUUGCCUACCAGCAGAGAAAAGAGUCUGGAUUGUUGCGUUGCUUGAAGAGUGGUCCAUCAAGCCUUUUUGUAAGAGACGGGAGUUGGAAUCCUUGAUUGGUCACCUCCAUCAUGCCUGCAAGGUUGCCCCACAGGGGAGGGUAUUUCUUCUUUGUGCCUUUCGUCUGGAUGAUCACCCUAUCAGGCUAAACCAAGAAGUCCGUUGGGACCUUACCUUGUGGCAGGAGUUUUUUCAGGCCUGGAAUGGCCUCAGUUUCUUAUGCAUGCCCAUGUGGGCACCCAUCCUGGACUUCCAAGUCUCCUCGGGUGCAGCACUCUCACUGGGCUAUGGGGCUGUUUUUAACGCCUAGUGGUUUUGCAGUGCUUGGUCAAUGGAGCAAAAGUCAUUACUGAUCGCAUACAAGGAGCUCUUCCCCAUUGUUGUAGACGCCGCUUUAUGAGGUUCUGAGUGGGUUUCUCAGCAGGUCAAGUUCCUGUGCGACAAUGAGUCAGUGGUGUCUGUACUUAAGUCUGGCUCUUCACAGGACCAACAUUUGAUAGGGCUGCUGCGUCAUUUGUCCUUGCUGGCUAUACGCCAUUCAUUUGUGUUUACUGUGUCUUCAGUUCACGGCAAAGGUCAAUCCUGUAGCUGAUUCUCUCUCAUGCUUUCAAUUUCAGCCUUUUUGUCGUCUGGCACCUCAAGCCGAUCUGACCUGACGUGUGUGAUUCCCUUGUCACUUCUGACUUUUGCCACCGGGUUGGUCACCCUAACAGGGAUGGCUCCUUCCCUCCUACCAAUGAGGAGAUGUGCUUUGCUACACUCUUGGCCUACAACUUGACCCAUGCAUCUAUUAAAGUAUACUUGUCGGUGGUACACUCCCUUCACAUGACCAUGGCUUGUCAUAUCCUUUCAUCAACUGCCUUUCAUUUGCAGUGUUUGCUAAGUGGAAUAUAGUGGCUUCAAGGUCCAGUGUCACCCAGAUGCCUCCCUAUCACCCUGGAUCAUCUGUGGAUGAUUCAGCGGGGACUGGACUACUCCAAGAGAGACCAUUUGAUGUUGUGGGCAGCAUGCUGUUUGGCUUUCUUUGGUUUCUUACGCGCUGGGGAGUUUACGGUGAAUUCAGCAUUUCAACCUAGUAGCCAUAUGACUGUUGAUGACUUGCAAGCUGACUCGCUGGUGAACCCUACCUGUUUUAAAGUUCAUAUCAAGUGCUCGAGUCUCAUCCGUUUUGCAUGGGCUGUGAUAUAAAUGUGGGGCGUGCUCAGGGCUUGGUGUGUCCCAUCCGCGCCUUGGGUGACUUUCUGGCUCUGCGUGGCUCUUCUUAGGGACCUCUCUUUACAUUUAGUGAUGGUCACUCUCUUACACGGCAACAGUUGUCUUCCACAGAUCAGUCUAUCUUGCACUCCUGCUGGUCAUACUGGCUCCUAUUCAGGCCAUAGCUUCUGUAUGGGGGCAGCAACUACGCCGCUGCCUGUGGGGAGUUCCGGAUCAUCUGAUCAAGAUCCUAGGCCAGUGGUCUAGUGAUGCCCACCAGAUUUAUAUUCACACUCGAGUUAGCUCCAUUGUCCACGUGUCCAGACAGCUGGUUGCAUAGCAGGUAUCUCCAUUACCAUUUGGGCUGCAUUGGGGUUGGGUGCCUCAGGCUUGGGCCCUCAGGGCCUGUGGCUCUGUAACCCUGAGCCCCCCCUGGUUGCUUCUGGUUUUUCUACCUGGAGGUCCCUUUAGGCUGGUGUCUGGGUUGCAGGUUGGUAGGCCUCUGGGUGUUUCUCUGCCUUGGGGUGUGCUUGCGGUUGCACUCUCCUGGCCCCUGGGCACCCAAGCUCCACUUGCAGCGAGGGCGCUAAAUACUAUUAAUUUGUAUUUAAUGUAGUCAAUGACUUGGAGCUAUGGUCUCUAGUGUAAUUUUUUGGCGUUCUUUGGUGGCAUGUUGGCUGUCUGUAGCGCUGUCCCAUGACUAUGUUGGUGUUUACAGCGUUUACCAUUGUUCGUGAGCAUGGGGGCAUAUUCCUGUCCAGCAGUAUGUUGCUUCUGCGCAAGCACAUUCCAUGGCAGGUGCCUACGUUGGGUUUGUGUUGUACUCAAAGCUUUGUUGGCAUGGUGUUCUGUUCGAGUAGCAUAGUGUUUCUCUUGGUUUCUCCUCCCUCCACUUUCUUGGUCUAGGGUCUACCCCCAACCCCCCCCCCCCCCCUUGCCAGGGUUUUCAUAUUACUACUGUGCCCUCUGGGCACCCAACCUCCACUAUUCGGUCAUUAAUGACUGAUUAGCCCUAAAAACCCCUUACAGACUGUAACAUGCACAAGAAAAGACUUUUUUUGUAGUACAAAACUAACCUUGCCAGUUGUAUUUUCUUACAGGUUUGACAUCUAUUCUUUAAAUCCAGGGCAACGAGAAGAUGAUGUAGGAAUAAAGAGUUCAGCCCUAGAAAGUUUGUAUCCAGUAAUUUAACGAUGUGCAUGACUAAAACUAGAUUUUGUAAGACAGUCCUAGGGUUAUUAAUAAUAAUUAGACGGAUUGAAACACACACAUGACAUUACGAGCCUUCAUUAAUAGCCAAUAACAUCAGGGCUUAACUGACAGAUGACCAAUAACAUCGCGACUUAAUUGACCAAUCAGAUCAAUAACCAGAGGUUAUCAAAACGUCAGUCACUGUCAACAACAACAUAUCAGUCCUAUUCAGGAGUACAUUCACGUGGAAGAACAUACUCAACCUACUUACAUUGAGUCAAUAGCACAGACAUGUAUUUCAAUUCUUACAAGGUAAAAACACUUUAAUCACACUCUCAGUAAGCCAGUUUUCUGACUGGCCAUAAUAAGUGGAUUCAGAAUGUAUUAUCAAGAAAGGAACAAUUAUUUAUCUUUUUAUCUUUAAUCAGUGAAUUAUCAAUAGUACAAGCUAAUCAUUGCAAUGUGUGGUUGAUGGCAAAUAACUUAUAACUAUGGCCUUAAACAUGGGCAAAGAAGGAGUAUUAAUAACAGCCCUUAAGUUUGCAAUUACUUACCGUUAUUUGGGAAUAGUCCUGAACAUACAAUCCGUGACAUUAGAACUUUCAAAAUCGAGGGAAUAACAGUGACAUGUUGUUCUUGACUUCCCUUCCCCUGUGCCUUUCAAAGUUGGCCUCGAACUUGGACAAUUCCACCGAAAAACCAUUACAAAAUAACACUGAAAGAGAGAAAAACAGGUAUCAGAGCAGUGUGAACCAAGUUGAGUGGCCUUGAUUGUAGCUCCAAACUGCCAACUCUGUGAACUAAUAGUGUUGCAGAUCUUUGCUGUCACACUGUUAUGGUUUCAAGAUGUUGAUAGUGUACAAGGCCAGUCUUGAAUACGGAAUUGCAAAUGCCCUAUGGUGGGUGUGCUCUGUUUUGAUGAAUUAAUGUAGACAAUGUCACUUGGGUGUGGGAAAGUAUGUAAGUCACCAAUGUAUGUCAAAAAUAUGAAGAAGUUUUCUCUGCCUUGGAUGAAUUCAGAAGUUAGAAAAGCUAUGAUUAUAAACAACAGGUGCAGACUCCUCAGGCUCUGUCAUGAUAGAAAAUUACAGAGCUUUGCAAGAUUCCAAGUAGACCUUUCUGGAAGUCCGUGCAGUCUGACACCAUGGGGAAACACUGGAGCUGUAACAUUUUUUGUUGUAUUUUCAGUAAGGAAGUUAGUUGAAGAAGAGAUCAAAAGUGGAAUACCGUCAGAGAGAAUUGUAUUAGGUAUGAUUUAAAUCAAUGUCAUUUGCUAGCUAGCUCCAGUGAUCAAAUUUUUUAAAUAGCUAGAACUUACAUGCCCUGUGAGCAGAGGCUACAUUUUGCUGAAAAUGAAGUAGCCUCUGCCGACAUCCAUUCAAUUUUCUAUCAUGCAUGCACAAAAUUCGUCACGCGAUCCGCAAGCAAGAUUAAUCAUCAGGUCUGUCGUCAAAUGGCGUGAGUUUUGUGGGAAUAAAAAAAUUGCGACAACUCAGAUCUGCUUGGUCAAGAAAAAAUUUAUUUGUCCAGAUUUCUGGAUGGAUUUGAAUGGUUGUCAGCAGAGGCUACUUUUCACAUGACAGCUCACACAGCAAAAAAUUAGCCUCUGCUCACAGGGUAGAACUUAUGUUACAGGUCAAAUUAAAUUUAGGUCAAAAUGAUUUAACUUAGGUUGAAUCUCAAAUUUCUUUGUCUCCUGUCUCUAGUUAUUCAUGAAUUAGGGCUAGGAGACAAAGGAAAUUGAGAAUCAACCUAGGUUAAAAAAUUUUAGCCUGAAUUUAAUUUUGACCUGUAACACUUAUAAGCUCCUGGGAUUGAAAGUUUUGUGUUAAAAUGAUUAUAUAGCUAAUGAGCAGCACUUAUUAACAACCAUCUGUAAGUUGGGUUCAGGUGACUUUACUCAAGUGCGUCAGAGUAGCAUUGUCACUUAACGUUACACACUGCACAGUUAACAAUAACUUAGUCAGUAAUAGAAAAAAGCAGCGUAAAUGUUUUUGUAGCGCCAAAAAUAUAUAUUAUAUAUUUUUAUCUAGCUUGUAAUUAAACUUUUCGUUUUAAUUCAGGGCUAUUUGGCAUAUUUUGGCAUUUUUUUAGCCUUGUAAAUCUAAGGAAAAUUUGUUUGUAGAACAAUUCUGUAGCAAGAAUUUCAGACGUAGAUUACUAAAUAAAUAAAUAUUAUUAUAGAAGAGCAUUUUAAGAAGAGAGUGUGUUGUAUGACUGCAGGUGGAUUUUCUCAGGGAGGUGCCCUUGCACUCUACACAGCCUUAACCAUGGAGAAAACACUUGGUGGUAUCUUAGCCCUUAGUUCAUGGCUUCCUCUUUACAAGGAGUUUCCAAAGGUCAUUAGACAAGUAAACUCAUUUUAUUAGCGUUAUUGUUGGUUGAGUGCUUUAUUUGUUGUCGUUGUGAAUGCAGACAAGGAAAUUUUACAUUAAUCACUGACACAAUUUUUUACUUUUUUGCAAGUUUGAGUGCAAGUUUAUUGUUUACAUAUAACAAUAAUAUAAUUACAAUAAUUUGUACUGACCUGCAGGUAGCAAAACCAAUCAAGGCAGGUCGGUCUCAUUUUCUAUUUUUACAGUCUUACUAAAUCAUAACAAAAUUCAAAUGUUCAUGGAGCUUUUUCGAACACGAAUGCUCAGCUGUCAGUUCAAGCAAUUGUGACAAGUGACCAAUAUUAAUUUUGUUGUCGAGAUACUCUACUUUAAAUCGGAAAAACUGUUCAAAACUUUGCAAUGAAACGAUUUGCUUGCAUUUUUUUCACUUGAGUUUGAACAAUUAUUCAGUUGACAAAGUUGCAUUAGUUUUUUUAUGUUCAACUGUAUAAGAGUUUCUACAGAUAAUCUAUGAGGACAGCAACGGACAUGUAUUUAGCAGCAAUUUAUUUGUUCAUGUAGCUAGUGACGUAAUGACGCCCAAGUCAAAUCCUGCCUUUUCCUUUGAUCACAUUCCUGUGAUGUCUUUGUUUUUCAUAUUUAGUGUGUUAAAGGAAAUCGUGACACUCCAAUAUUACAAUGCCAUGGUAAGUCACUUGGUACCGAGGGUGAGAAUUAUUAUAUAGUAAUUUUUGUAGAAUGACAGAUAUUUAAUUUUAGAGUUUUUUAUGAAUAUGUUUUCACAAGUUACCAGUCAAAAGCCACUCACCAAUAUUAAAAGUUUUAUUCACAACCAGGGGCUGAUUACGUAAAAGGCUUACACUGGGAACUAAGUGCUAAUGCCUCACGUUCAGUCAGGCAUGGAAUCUACAUGGACUGGUUUUAACCUGAAUUUAAAUUUGUUCUGUAACACUUAUAAGCUCAUGAGACUAUAAGUUUUGUUUUAAAAUAAUUAUAUAGCUCAUGAGCAGCACUUAUUAACAACUAUCUGUAAGCUGGGUUCAGGUGACUUUUUUAAAGUGCGUUGGAGUACCAUUGUCACUAGACAACCAGGGGCUGGUUACAUAAAAGGCUUACAGUAGGGACCUAAGUGCUAAUGCCUCAUGUUCAGUCAGGCGUUGAAUCUACAUGGACUGGUGUGGGUGUUAGCAAGUGUCUGACGUUAAUCUGACUAAAAAUUAGACACGGUUGGAGGUAAAUGUAUAUGUAAGCUAGUCGUAAAGUGCUCCCUAUUGGCUUUAUUCUGUAGCGGGCAUUGCAAGUAAAUAAUGUCUGGCCUAAUUAUUAGUACCUGUGAAUGUCUUGCUAUUGCAACCAUCGCCAAUGUCUGGCAUGCAUCUGGCAUAGAUUAUGCCUAACAAUGUCAGACAUAAGGCUAACGUGGUAUGUAAGGACUGGUGUAUAAGCAAGGUUUAUGCAACUGACCCCAGAAUUCACUUUCCCACAUAAGAUACGGUGAUCAUAUCCAAUCUGAUUAUAGAUUACAUGUAUUAUCCUAGUUGAAAACACUUAGUAGGCCAGGUUCAGUUACCAUACUUCACGGGAAAUAUCAAAUUGAAUUCAAUUUGAACUUUACCCGACCCAAAUUAAUUUAGGCCGGCUCCGGGAUGAUUCUAGCCUCCCACGCAGGCGUUUUUAGGGGAGCUCGUUUUCCAUCCCUCCCCACAAAACGAGCUCCCCUAAAAACGUCUGCGUGGGAUGAUUCAUAUACUAUCUUUAUUCUAACUAAAUUCUUACUCUGAGCUUCCGUUUGGUUUGGCUCAUGUGAAGUCUGGCAUCUGAAUCAAUGCUGUUCCACAGCCGUGAUACACUGUAUUCCCACUCGAGGCAGACGAAGAAUCAAGAAUCAAAAAUGGCAGUCCUUAUUUAGUUGAGUGAAAGUCCAGGAAUAUACAUGUAACAAUCACAAUUCUUUCCGUGCUAACAUUAUUUUUAUUAAUACCAUGUGUAAUACUAAACCAGCUGUCUUUCUACCUUUUUUUAUAAAUACUGAAAGUAACACGUUUUGCAUUGUAGGUGAUGCAGAUCCUGUGGUACCAUGUGAAUUCGGAGAAAUGUCAAAAGGUGUUUUAACUUCAUUCUGUUCAAAAGUGGAAUUUAAGAAAUAUAGCGGGAUGGGUCACAGUUCUUCAGAUCAGGUGAGCUUAUUAUCACCUUUUUUUGUAAAUUCGCAGUCAACAUAA